UCAUUUCCCAUCCUGGUUGACCAAUGACAAUCCAGAAGAUACGUAUAAUAGCGCUUAGCAACAGUGGUAAUGUAGGCAGUGGGCAGGACGGCAUCAUUGUUUUUUGUGUGUUUCAUUUCGCUCCAUCUGCAUUGUAGGUGAGCGGGAGUGAUGGAUUCGACAAUCAGAAACACGCUGGCUCUCUAUCUGAGCCUACUGGGCAUGUUAGCCGUCGUGGCAGGUCACAGCGCUCGAGCGACUGACCAGGUGUCAGAGGCUGACAUCCAGCGCUUGCUUCACGGCGUGAUGGAACAGCUGGGAAUCGCGCGCCCCAGGGUAGAGUAUCCGGCGCACCAGGCCACCAACGUCGUCGGUCCUCAGAGUAUCCAAGGGGGAGCUCACGAGGGCCUCCAACACCUUGGACCAUACGGCAACAUUCCCAACAUAGUGGCAGAGUUGACGGGAGACAACGUUCCUAAAGACUUCAGUCAAGACCACGGCUACCCUGACCCACCCAAUCCCUGUCCACUUGGAAAAACAGCUGCUGAUGGGUGCUUGGAGAACGUUCCCGACACUGCCGAGUUCAGCCGCGAGUUCCAGAAACACCAGCACCUCUACGACCCCGAGCACGACUACCCUGCUCUGGCCAAGUGGAACAAGGAGCUGUUGUACGGAAAGCUGAAGGGUGGACUGAGACGAAGAAAAAGGAGUGUCAACCCUUACCUGAUGGGGCAGCGACUGGAGAAUGUGGUGGCCAAGAAAUCAGUGCCGCAUUUCCCAGAAGAGGAGGAAGAGGAGAACACAGUCACCAGCAAACCUGAACCUUGAGUCUGCAAUCAGCGGCUCAAUCUCUAUCACAUGUAUUAGUUACCAAGUUAAAACAGGCAGCCUUACAAUGUAAUCAAACCACUCACUCAGAAUUAGAUCAGUUUUAAUUGCCUAGGUGUAAGAAUUCACCUGUGGCAACCUGGUCAUGUUUUACAUGUCACUCAACAUACAGUUUGGCAUUGCUGAAUAUUUAAAUUCUAUGUAGACCUACUAAUAAAUUCUAAAUGUGUUCUUAUGCACAA